AGUCUUCCAUCUUACUACACAAUGUUUUGAUUUUGCUGAUAGAGAACCAAAUGGAUCCUAAACACAAAGAAUUAUUGAUCAGGAAGAGGGUAGAAUUGGUAGAGAAUCUCAAUGUGUCUGAUGGUCUAUUUACACAGUUGAUAGCAAGGAAAAUAUUUAACCAGCGCAUGGUUAGAACUAUACAGCAUAACAAAAGUCCAGACCAGCAGGCGGAAGAGUUAUUAAACAUUCUUCCAACAAGAGGACCAAAUGCAUUUGAUGCUUUCUGUGACUCUUUAAAAGAAGAUUUACAAGAACAUGUAGUAGAUUUAUAUUUAAAACCGAAAGAAGAAGAAAAAUCAGAAGCAGAAACUACAAACUCAUGUAGUAGACUUGUCAAUGGGGAACCUUCUCAUGUCGAGUCUGCAUCUUUUGUGAGAAUUCAUUCCCAUGUGACAGUUCCUUCCACAACAACAUCUCAUACUCAUGAGAAUGUGAAUCUAGCAAUAUCUGGUGCAAAUUAUACGUCUGCUGUGCAGCCACGUCCACAUUCGUCCCCGCCAAGAUUAAUUAAUCCUCCAGACAAUCAUCAUCAGUUAUUUGUACAUUAUUCUUCAAACAGUCGUGACCCAAAUCAAAAUUUUUCUGAAGAAGAGCUGAAAGGCGAGGCUCGGUACAAAUUUCAGCAUUACAUAUCCGAUCCAUUUUAUACUGGUUUAAAUAAUGUCAAACCACGAGACAUUUCUCAUGAAGCAUUCCAAAAAAUCAACAGUCUUCCUCAUCAAUGGGAAUCAUCACCCAGAAAGUUUGUUGGAAACAGCCAUAUUUUAAUCAGGAAUGAUAGCGUUGAUGCCAUGACAAAGAAUGGCAAAGAAUAUCCAGAUAAUAUGGAACAAUCAGCAAAACGGCCAAGACUAGCAGAGGAUGAGAUCAUCACUAUUCCAGUAUAUGAAGACCUAAAGCCAAAACGAACACCACCAAUAGUAUUGGUCAGUACCCAGUCUAAAGAAAUAAUAGACCCUGAACUUGAGACUGGGAAACGAUUGAUGGUCCCAGGAGGUGAACAUGAUGACCCUUCAUUGGACCUUACAGAUGGACCUGUCAUGGUCCGAGUAGAGUCCAGUACAAGACAGUUUUACAUAGAACAUUACAAAAAGUCCUAUUCAAUGAUUAGAAUACCAAGAGGUAAAGCCUUAAUAGUAAAUGUUAACGAAGUAGAAGGAAAGCCACCUAGGAGAGGCACAAACAUAGAUAGAGAUAAUCUCUAUCAUCUUUUUUCUCAGCUUCACUUUGAUGUUACAAUAUAUAAUGAUUCAGAUGGUUUAACAGCAAAGGAAAUAGCCAUAAAAUUGCAAGAGUUUAGCGAAUUACCAGACCAUAAGCAUGCAGAUGCCUGCGUAGUAUGUAUACUGAGUCAUGGAGAGGAAGGUUACAUAUUUGGUACAGAUGGAAGAAAGAUAUUUCUGAACAGCAUUAUGUCUCUUUUUGAUAAUGGUCAUUGUAUUAAUCUGAGGGGAAAGCCAAAGAUAUUUAUAAUACAAGCUUGUAGGGGAGGAGCACUAGACAGUGGUGUAAUGUAUGGUGAUGAACAUGAUGGAGCCCCAUGUAAGCCUUAUCAACUUCCAACAAUGUCAGAUAUGCUUGUAUGUUUUCCUACACAAACAGGAUAUUAUGCCUGGAGAAACAGAGAACGAGGUAGCUGGUAUAUUGAAGCUCUUGUUCAAGUAUUUAUGAAGUUUGCCAGAACAGAAGAUGUCUGCACAAUGUUAAAUAGAGUGAAUUCUGUUGUCUCAAGGAAGAUAUCAAGAUGUCCACAGAUCGAAAUGGACCAAAUGUCUCAAAUGUCAGAGUAUAAAAGUACACUGAGAAUGCCACAUUUCUUCUUCUUCCCUGGCAUUGGUAGUGGAUAGACAGAAAGAUUAGGUAUUCGUGAUGAUAAUCAAGAAAAAUUUUGUAUCAAGGGAGUAUCAAGAAUGAUGAAAGAACAGACAUAUCUACAUGAUAGUAAUUUAUAAAACAGAAAGACAGCUGAUAUUAAGAAAGAAUUGUUUUGUGGUAUCCUAAGUUUGCUUGGUUUUGUUGUUCAAUAAAACAAUGAGAAAUUGUCUGUAAUGUUACAAGUAGGAUUUUGUGGAAAAGAGAUUUUUCGCAAAUCUUUGAAAUCCUGGUUUACAGGAGUAAUACAAUGAAACAUGUCUAUACUGAACCCUUUGUAAAGCGGGAAACUGUCUAAUCAGAACUCAUUUAUCAUGACAUGCAAGGAAUAUUCUUGAAUUAUUAACUUGUAUUUAAUAAACCGACCAACUGUCUAAUUCAAUCAAAAUUUAACUCUUGUAUCUAGGCAUGAAAGGAAUAUUUUUGAAUUAUUUAACUUUUGUAAACUGAAGUCUUUUCCAAUUUCAUU